GUGGCCGGAAGGGGCGGGGGGGACGCGGCAGUGGCGGCUGCGGCGGCGCCGGGAGCGGCGGCGGCGGCGCCGCCAUGAAGCGGGACGUCCGCAUCCUCCUGCUCGGGGAGGCCCAGGUGGGGAAGACAUCUCUGAUCAUGGCUCUGGUGGGCGAGGAGUUCCCCGAAGAGGUGCCCCCUCGUGCGGAGGAGAUCACGAUCCCGGCUGAUGUCACCCCCGAGAAGGUCCCCACACACAUAGUGGACUACUCAGAGUCGGAGCAGACGGAGGAUGAGCUGCAGGAGGAGAUCGCUAAGGCCAACGUGGUCUGCGUGGUGUACGAUGUCACCAAAGAGGCCACGAUCGAGAAGAUUCGCACAAAGUGGAUCCCCAUGGUGAACGGGGGAGUCGAAAAGGGCUCCAGGAUCCCCAUUAUUUUAGUGGGAAACAAGUCGGACCUGCAGAUGGGGAGCUCCAUGGAUGUCAUCUUGCCCAUCAUGAACCAGUUCUCAGAGAUCGAGACCUGCGUGGAGUGCUCUGCCAAGAACCUCAAGAACAUCUCUGAGCUCUUCUACUAUGCCCAGAAAGCUGUGCUGCACCCCACCGCCCCCCUCUACGACCCAGAGGAGAAACAGCUGAAACCUGCGUGUGCAAGAGCACUGACCCGGAUUUUCAGCCUCUCAGACCAGGAUAACAACCAGAUCCUUAGUGACGAUGAACUCAACUACUUCCAGAAGUCCUGCUUUGGAAACCCACUGGCUCCUCAGGCUCUGGAGGACGUGAAGAUGGUUGUGUGGAAGAACACCACGGACGGGGUGCAGGACAACGGCCUGACGUUGAACGGCUUCCUCUUCCUCAACACGCUCUUCAUCCAGAGGGGCCGGCACGAGACCACCUGGACCAUCCUUCGCCGUUUUGGGUACGACGACGAGCUGGAGCUGACGGAUGACUAUCUCCACCCACAGUUCCGCGUUCCUCCCGGCUGCUCCACGGAGCUCAACCACUUGGGCUACCAGUUCCUGCAGCGGCUGUUUGAGAAGCACGACAAGGACCAGGAUGGAGCCCUCUCCCCCACAGAGCUGCAGAACUUCUUCAGCGUCUUCCCCUGCGUGCCCUGGGGCGCCAAGCUCUACAACACGGUAUGCACCACUGAUAAAGGCCUGCUUUCCCUGCAUGGAUUCCUCUGCCAGUGGACGCUUGUGGCUUACCUGGAUGUGCGGCACUGCCUGGAGUGCCUGGGCUACUUGGGCUACCCCAUCCUCUCGGAGCAGGACUCCCAGACACAAGCCCUCACGGGUACGGCCAUGCCCUCCCCUCCUGUCGCGGCUCGGCUCCGUCCUCUCGCUCACCCAGCCUCUCUCCUGCCAGUGACCCGGGAGAAGAGGAUCGACUUGGAGAAAGGCCAGACACAGAGAAACGUCUUCCUCUGCAAGGUGCUGGGAGCCAGGGGCGCAGGCAAGUCCGCCUUCCUGCAGGCCUUCCUCGGCAGGAGCCUGGCGGCCCAGAGGGAGAACCCAGGAGAGCCAUCCCUCUACGUGAUCAACACGGUGCAGGUCAACGGCCAGGAAAAAUACCUUAUACUGUAUGAGGUCAGCGCCGACUUGAAGUUCAUGAAGCCGUCGGACGCAGCCUGCGACGUCGCCUGCUUCAUCUAUGACCUGAGCGACCCCAAAUCCUUCAGCUACUGUGCCAGUAUUUAUAAGCAACACUACAUGGACAGCCAGAUCCCCUGCGUCUUCGUGGCCUCCAAGACAGACCUGCCAGAAGCGAGUCAGCAGCCUGGGCUCUCCCCGGCCGAGUUCUGCUACAAGCACUGCCUCCCGCCGCCCUUCCUCUUCUCCUGCCACGGCCAGGGGCCACCCGGCACCACCGUCUACACCAAGCUGGCCACCGCCGCCACCUUCCCCCACUUGAACGCCGUGGAGCUGGGAGCCGCGUCCUUCUGGCUGCGGGUGGCUCUGGGGACGGCGGUGACUGCUCUGGUAGGGUUCACGCUGUACCGCGUGCUAGCCAAGAACAAAUGAGAGUCGCCCUCCCCCCCGUCCUCCCCGUGACACCAGCCUCCCUGUCCCCAACGACGCCCCGGUGAAGGGGCCCUGCCUCAAGCUGGUCCCUGGUGGGAAAUCCUCCCUCUCCCCCCAGCCUGGAUUGCAGGACCAGUGAAACCGGACUUCCCAGCACCAGCAGGAUAGAUUCCCCGGCACCUGCCGGUCUCUGCCACCUCCUGCCCAGCCGUGGCCGGGGGCGGGCCAUGCAGCUCUACCUGGGGGCUCCACCUCACCAGCAGCUGGAGGAUCAUCCCCGUCUUUUAUUCUGUUAAUUAUUUUUUUUUUUGGUAACGUUUGUUUUUAAGCUCAAACGUGAGUGUUUCAGUAUCUCUUGGGCCGGGUACAUCCCUUCUCCAGAGGGCUGUGCUGGUACCCUCAAUUCGGGGGUGAGGGGGGGGCAAGACUUCCGUAGCCCCUGGGGCCUCCAGCAGCAGCAGAGCUGUGGAACGGGCUCACGGCUUCAGUCCCCGGGGACACACGUCCAUCUCCUGUCCCUGGUGCCCUCAGCCAGCACUGGGGAAGGCAGCUGUGGGGGGCUAGGCGCUUACACCCCGCUGUGUUUUGGGGUCCCUCCUGCUGGGAUGCUGUGACUGCAGCCCCCAGCCCCGUCUGCGAGGUGGCGGGGGGAGCGAUACCCGGCACCUCUGGCAGGCCCCUUCUCUCGCUUGUUUCUGCGCAAAAAUACUCGGAGCCCUGCAGCGUGCCAGGCUCUCGGCCCGGCUGCCCUCCUCCCCUGCCCGGUUGUGUGGCCUGUCCCCUCCCCACCCCCUCCCUGGCCACCAGUAUUCAUGGCCACCAGUAUUCUCAGCCCCACAGUAGCCCUGGUGAGCUGGGGAGGGCUGCGAGGACGUAGGGUGGCCGCUGCGCUCCCGAGGGCAGGCUGAUGGCCUUUCCUGGCAGUGCCAUCAUUGAGCUGGUGCCACGCCAUGCCAUACGGCCUGUCCUUGUCCUGCUGUCCCCUCGGCGGGGCACUGGCCACGCCGAGGCGGUCCCAGAGCCCUGGGCUCUGGGCGUUGCAUCUCCUGGUACCACUGGAAGCUUUUUCCUCGCCGGCCUUAGCUGCCGGGCAGCUGCCGUGACUUCAGUGCAGUGCAAAUCCGGGGCUGGAGUCCGGCAGCGUCCCUGUCUCCAAGUUCCAAAGAGCGAGGACAACCUGUGCCGGUCCCCCCAGCUCGGCUCCCCCCCACCCCUGGGGCUCCCAUCCUGCCUGGGGGGGAGCCCAGCCCCGCUCCUGGCUCAGUGACACUCGCUCUUAGGCUUUUGGAGCACACUCAGGGUAGGUUUAUUUGCAGGCAGCUGGCGGGGCAGUGCCGAGGCGAAAAGCGGGAGCUGCUUUUCUGUGUGUUUUGUCUAUUUUAAACUUUUUAUUGUGGCCUGGAGCCGGUGAGGGGGGUGAGAAGCCGCCAGGGAGCAGCCAGCAUCUCUUUACGGGGCAGUCCCAGGGUGGUGUCCCCAUCCCGCUGGUGCCUGGUCCCCAAUGCUGAGCGGGCAGGGCCAGUCGGGCACCUGCUGCCAUCGCCCUCGCUGCUGGCCCCUGCCAGGGCCAUGUCCCUGGUGUUUCCCUGUCCCCACCCGUGUCUGGUGCUCUGACCCUGCUCCCGGCACCGCUCCACGUCUGGCAAAGCCAUACCCUUUUAGGGGGUCUGUUCUCUACAUGAAAAUAAAUUUUUACACACUUUC